AUGAUUCAAAACGAACAAUAUCAUUAUGAAAUCGAACAAAUUAAGGAAACCGGAGAGACUAAGAACUUACGAUUGCGAUGUCUCAAUCCAUUUAUCGAUUCAGAUGGACUACUGAGAGUAGGAGGUCGUUUGAAACAUGCUCCUAUAUCUUUUUCAAAGAAACAUCCUAUUUUAUUACCUUCACGUCAUUAUGUUACCGAUUUAAUUAUUAGAGAAACACAUGAAAAAUUAUACCAUUCAGGUAUACAGAGUACGCUUUCAAAUCUUAGACACAAAUUUUGGCUACUAGACGGUAAAAACCAGAUCCGUAAAAUUGUAAAAAAUUGUGUCACAUGCAUUCGACAUCAGCCUGUAAUACUGCAAGGUAAAAUGGCUAAUUUACCUAGAUCUCGAGUCACCGAAUCAGCGGCAUUUUCCCACGUGGGUGUAGACUACUUUGGACCGCUCUUUAUUAAAGAACGUAAAUUCAGAAACAGAACAAAAAUUAAAGUCUAUGGAUGCGUCUUUGUUUGCAUGGCUACUAAAGCUAUACAUUUAGAAAUUGCUAGCGAUUUAACAACAGAAGGUUUUCUCGGGGCAUUUGGUCGUUUCAUUGGUCGACGAGGAGUUCCAACUCACGUCUAUUCGGACAAUGGUACUAAUUUUGUAGGCGCAAAUAAUCAAUUGAGAGAAUUGUAUGUGUUAUUUAAUUCAAAAUCCCAUCAAAAUUCCGUUAACGAAUAUGCUGUACGCAAAAACAUUAUCUGGACGUUCAAUCCUCCACUAUCUCCUCAUUUUGGUGGUAUUUGGGAAGCAGCGGUAAAAUCCUUCAAACACCACUUUAAACGAGUGGUAAAAGACCAACUUCUCACUUUCGAAGAAUUAAAUUCUCUAACCAUCCAAAUAGAAUCUAUACUAAAUUCUCGUCCUCUCUGUUCUCUAUCUAGUGAUCCUAAUGAUCCUAUUGCCUUGACGCCUGCUCAUAUUUUAAUAGGACGUCCUCUCACAAUGCUGCCUGAAAAUGAUUUUUCUGAUGUUCCAGAUAACAGACUCAAUGUUUGGCAAUUCAUUAUCAAGGCUAGACAAGACUUUUGGAGACGUUGGUAUUUGGAAUACCUCCAUGAACUUCAAAUUCGGCAAAAAUGGCAUUCCUCUCAAGGAGAAAUUUCAAUCAAUCAAGUCGUCUUAUUGAUGGAUAAAACCAACCAUGUAUGCGGUGGCAGCUGGGAGUGGUGGUCGACAUUCAUCCUGGAGAUGAUGAUGUGA